UCGUAUGUGGACAUUGUAAUUGUCUAGGACUGAGGACCCUAUAGUGUGUAGAUUUGUUUCUAGUCAUUACAGUGGUGCAGGGUGGACGCAUCUAUAUAGCAAUUAUAAUGGUCUAUGAUAGUGGGCAUUUUAUAGGCACAACAGUGCUCAAGGGUCGAGGCUUAUAUCUGUAAAUAUGCAUAGAGGGUUCUAUAAUGGUAGUAUAAUAGACAUGGAUAGAGAUGUUUUUCCAGCAUAGAGACACGAGUAUGUACAGGCUGUAUUAUAAGCAUGGACAAGUGUGUGUGUGCAUGCGUGUGUUGUUAGUGUGUAGUCUCCAUUUUUGCAUGUAAACAAACCCACAAGCUUAGCAGAGCCAAUAACAAAGGGGUAUCAAGAAGCAAAAGUUUCUUAAAAAGGGCUAAGAUUUUAAACACCAGGCCUACUUCCUUUCACAUUAGUUUUUCUUUCCAAUAUUGAAUAAGUGCUGCAAUUUGUUUGCUUGCUUGCCUGGUCCCCCUGCUAUGCUAAUUCAGUAUGUUGAUAUAGAAUGACAGAAUUAAAUUUCUCACUCUCUUUUGGGCUUCUGCAUGUUGAACUUUGGAAAAUGUACAGGUGGAAACACAAGACACUUUGUUAUACUCCACACCUAUUACGCAAACUGUCUUUUAAUUUUAAUUAUUACUUUUCUUUAUUUUCAGGCAGAUGCAAGAAGCCAAAUGAUGACUAACAUGAGAGGUAUAAUAGUGUACAUAUUAAUUUGUUACUUAUCAACAAUUGCGGCAUCUACUCCAACGACGCCGUCACCACACCACACGACAGUAUUGGAUUCGGCUGCUCAUAAUGAUACCACUGCCUCUAUCCAAGCGAACCCUCUGCAACAGCAACAAGCCAGGAAGUCUGCUCGUAAUUUCCAACCAUCAAUACCCACUUCCACCUCAACGUACCCAUAUGAUACAGCAAAAAGGAAACUGAGUUACUCACCUCCUGAUUACCAUCUCUCUCCCAUUGCCAGUAAUUUUUACAGUGGUAACCAUGCUUUCGUGUACAAUACGUACAGCGACAAAGGAAAACAAUCAAUGUAUUUACCCCCAGCAGCUCCAGCCACAGAUAACAAUAUGCAAGGAAAAGCAAGUGCAAAGUACUCAUCUGUGACAGGUGCAUCUGCAGGAAAUUUGCCGACAACCGCCAAGAUAGACAGAAGUCAAGAUGAUCGAGAAGGUCUGAUGCAGGACUACUUCACACAAAACAGUGGCAGCAGCGUACCGCUUGUUUCCCCUAACUCGAGACACGGAUAUGGUCAUUAUGAUGAACAUGGGGAUUAUGGAACAUUUGGAGAUGAUGAUGACUACGAUGGCGGGCAUCAUUAUUCACCCGACCUCUAUUCUCAUCAUCACCAUGGCCACCAUCAUCACCAUCCUACCCACCAUUACCCACCACCUGCGAUAUACUACCCCGCUCACUCAUAUCAUGACAAACAUGAGGAGUAUUCUAAACUGGGAAUACUGGCCAUUGUGAAAAUUGUUUUGGCAAAGUUGAAAGCUCUGGGCUUAGUCAAAAUUAUCCUUAUACUUCUUGCCAAAAUACCACUGAUUUUUCUUAAAAUAGCAAUUAAAUUCUUUUUCCUCUUCAAAGCUGUGAAGUUAUUCAAGCUGUUGACAUUCUCAGCAUUGUUUCCAUUAAUUCUGAUACCUUUAAUCCCUCUCCUGUUAUUGCCAUUACUGUUUCUUCCCCUGGCACCACUGGCACUUAUUCCUCUGCUUCUUCCUCUCAUUCUACCCUUUCUACUUAUGAUGCCUGUUCCUGUGAUGAAUAAUACGCCACCAGACAUGUUACACAACAAAAAUAAGAAAACAGCGUCCUCGAGGCGCAGAAGGGAUGCUGUCAAGCAGGUGGAUCCUGACACUGGAAGAGUGUGGAGACAAUUGGAUGCAAGUCAUGAUUUUCUGGCACUAACACAGCGUGUGCUUGAAUCUCAGCAGUGCUUGGAGAGACUAUCUUGCAAGAUGGCUGCCAAACAUGAUUCCACGACAUAUACCAAAGUCAUAUUGUGGUUACUUGAGAAGUUUCGCAUGUUGGCGCCAUCGAGGAUACGAGACAGACUGGGAUCCUACAUUGAAGCCUACAAGUCAGGUGCAAAGAAGCCCAAGACAUGCAUCGAGAUGUACUUGUGUGACAAACCAAAGUAUAUGAUGGCACAGGCUGACACUUUUUAUAAUUUGCUCUGACAAAGGGAUCUAUAUUUCACAAUUGAAUAAAUACAUGAAAAAUUAUAAUUAUAGCACAUAAUUAUGUGGUGAACACUGUUUGGCCUAGUUCCCAGUUAGUUGCUCAAUGUAAAUUAGAAUCAGGUCAAAAGUGCAGAAGAAAAUGACAACUCAUGAUUGCCAACCACUAUCUUGUCAGCCAAACUGUUUGUGUUAUGUAUGUCAAGUUUUGUAUUUGAAACAGCAACUGGAUUCAGCAACUGCUGCAGUCAUUUUUAUGUCAUUUAAAUUAACUACAGAAAAAUUAAAUUAUAUGCUCAGGGUAAAACCAAGUAAGACUAGUACAAAGUAGACUUCGGAUACGAGUUUACUUAAGAUGUCUGUGUAGUCUUUGUGGUGAAAUAAGGUAAUAAAAAGAAAUGACAUUCCUAUAACAUUUACAGGUGUAACAAAGGCAGUAGGAAUUAUUAUAUCCUCAGAUUUAUACUUAAUGGUUAUUUUCCUUUUGGAUUCACUCAGAUCAAUUAAUUUAUUUUGGAUGAAAAAUUACAAUAGUGUUUAUGUAUAUAAGCGUGAUUGCUUCAUACUUUCUUGGCCACUUAAAGAAUUGUUACCAAAUUCACAAAAGAGGCUUAAAGGGAAGGAUGAGAUUCUUUCCCACAUUAAAAUUGUUUAAUAAUUUUUUAAACUAAUGUUUCACACCUUCACCUGAAUGUGAUGCUUUCAAGAAUAUAACAACCAAAUAUAAGGAGGGAAGAGUAAUCUUUUGUUUUUCUUUUUUUGAAAUAAUUUUUGACAUGUUUACCACAAAUGGUUCACCUAAAUUAUAAGGUGAUAUUAUAGAUUUUCUCCCCUGAGGAUAAAUUCAUUUGAAUGUUCCAUUACCACCCAUCCCUUGUCCAUAGCUUUCAUUUCAUCCUUUUACCUUGAAAUUGGUUUAUAUUUCAUUGUACUUAAACUGUUCACUGAUUUGAUCAUUAGUUCAUAUUUCUGGUACAAAUAUAACAUUAUACGUGUAUUAUUUAUUUCAUAUUAUUUAUGUUAAAUUAUAAAGUGAUACUGUUUGCUACUCCUGGUCAAAGGGAAUUUUAAUGUCAAAUUAUGUGCCCUGUAUACAGAUACAAGGGAUAUUAACAUUAGUUUUAUCAUUUCUGCUGGCACUUUUUAUAUUAAUACUUGUUCUUUAUAUCCACAAUUAUGAAACAUUUUAAACCUAACCUGCUGACAGUGAAUUAAUAAUUUCAGAAAUCAGUAAUCAAUUCUGCUUACUGCUACAUUUAUGAGACUUGUUCAAAUGAACCCAUUUAAGGUUUGUUCUAAGCAGAAAGUAUAUGCUGUUAAAAGUACUUACCAUGGGCACUCAGGCAGGAAUCCCAUUGAUGUAGCAACCAACAGACUUUCUCUGCA